UCCUUUAAAGGCUGCCGUCACUGCGCAGAACAGUUUGAACCAAAAAGCGGAGUGACCUUCCUCCGCGUUCAGUCUGAGAGAGGGGCAGCGCUGAAGCAAGAAGCCGGGUCACAGCUCCUGCAGUCCGCCCCCACUACAGCCUCAGAAAUGAACAACAACUUAGUGGGAGAUGAAGUCGGGAAACUUUUUGUUGGUGGGUUGGACUGGAGCACAACACAAGAGACGCUGAGAAACUACUUCUCGCAGUAUGGAGAGGUAGUAGAUUGUGUCAUCAUGAAGGACAAAACCACAAAUCAGUCUCGAGGCUUCGGUUUUGUUAAGUUCAAAGACCCCAAUUGUGUACGAACAGUGCUGGAAACAAAGCCACAUAACCUCGAUGGAAGAAAUAUUGACCCGAAGCCAUGCACUCCCAGAGGAAUGCAGCCUGAAAAGUCUCGAACCAAGGAGGGCUGGAAGGGCAGCAAAGCUGAUAGCAAUAAAUCAAAGAAGAUAUUUGUCGGUGGAAUUCCUCAUAACUGCGGCGAGCCUGAACUCAGGGACUAUUUUAAUAGAUUUGGAGUGGUCACAGAGGUGGUAAUGAUCUAUGAUGCGGAGAAGCAGAGGCCCCGAGGUUUUGGAUUUAUUACUUUCGAGGCCGAACAAUCAGUGGACCAGGCUGUCAACAUGCAUUUUCACGACAUCAUGGGCAAAAAAGUGGAAGUAAAGAAAGCAGAACCUCGUGACAGCAAAGCUCCUGGCCAGCUUGGCCCUGGUCAGUGGGCACCCAGGGGCAUCUUGACUGCAGCUAAUGGUUGGACAGCACAACCGGCCCCAGGCUGGCAACAACCUUAUGGGCCACAGGGAGUGUGGGUGUCUGCUACUGGUCAGCCCAUAGGUGGGUACGUAUCUCCGCUGACAGCAAGCCGGGGAACCCCCACACAGCCUCCAUCACCCUUUAACGCAUUCCUGGUUACGACCCCGGCUGGCAGCUUCGCAGCACCUCAGGGCUACCCUCAGCAGGGCUACAGCACAGCACCUCAGUUUGGUUACAGUUUUGGCACACCCCACGCAGACCAGUAUGCUCCWCAAGUUCCUCCUCCGCCCACCACUCCAGGAACCGCGCCGCUGGGCUUCGCUCCUGCAACCACACCAACUCAGGACUUGAGCAAAGCUCCCACCGGGCAGCCUGACUUCCCUUAUAGCCAGUAUGGCUUGGGUAACUACCCUCAGGACCCCUCUGCCUACGGACCAACGCGUCCUUCUCACAGUUAUGGUCAGGAAGAGCAGGGAGGAUAUAGUGCAGGGUACGGCCAGGACCUGACGGCCUUCGGCCACAGCUUCGCAGACCCCAGUCAGCCAGCCGCCUCCUACGGGGCCCCAACAGCACAGCCUGCCGCCGCUCCCCAACCCACCGCAAGUGCGUUUGGCAGAGGGCAGAACCACAACGUACAGGGCUUUCAUCCCUAUCGACGCUGACCACCCCCACCCCACCCCUCACCGGGUGGUGCCCGCUGUGUAAAAUUCAGAAACGACAAAAAAUGAAAAACAAAAGAGAAAAAAAAAGGUCAGGGAUAUGAGCAUUGCUUAAAAGCAAAACUGGAACUCUGCAGUGUUUGUUAGGAGUAUUGAAUGAAGAGUUUGUGAAACAGAAGCCUGUUGUAAAAGCAGGGAUUCCAGGAAAUUUUAAAGAUGUGUUUAAAAAAAAAAAGAAAAGAUAUAUUUUUUUUGCAUAACUUAUUGAUCAUUCAGCAGAAAGAAGCUUUUACCCUCCUCCUCUUCCUUCUCCUCCUCCAUGCCUCCUCUACACCUGCGUUUUAUAGUAGAACUAAACUACUUUGCAAUAAUUUUGAUUGUCUGGUGAAACACUAGCACAGAUGUUAUAUGUAAAGAGACUUGCAUUUGAAUAUGUAUAUUUAUGAUGGACACAAGUGAAAAACAGGGUCUCAAGUUUCCUCAGCUUUAAAUUCUAGGGAAUAAUAAAAACAUUUUUAUUUUU